AAGUGUGCACCGAAGCAGUGGCAGCAGCUCUCCGGCCCAUUUCCCAUUAUUUGGACAAGACGACAAUAAGACGACCAUCAUCCACCAUGGGCCGCAAGAGCAAACAAGCCGGUAGCGGGCACAUGCCAUUGACGCACUAUGAGCGUACUAAAAAGUUCAAAUCGUCUAGUUUUGGUACAACGACGACCCGUCUUUCGGGAGAUUCUCAGGUUGCCUUUGGCCAUUGCAGUCUCGGGUUGACCGUGAUUAUGGAGGAUGGCAAGCAGAAGAAGAAGACUGACGACAAUGAUGAAACGCUGGUGACGACGAUUGCCAUGGUGACUCCGUCGGGUCACUUGUAUGCCAAAGAAGCCAUUUUCGAGUACUUGUUGACCAAGACGCAAGAAUACCAAGACCAAUUGGCACUCUUUGAACAGCAACAAGACGACGACACCAAAAAGGCCGACACGACCGAAGCUACAAAACGCAAGCGACAAGAAGCCUUUGAUGCGUCGCACAAUCUACAAGAAAAACGAAUCAAACAUCCACAACAGGACGAUAGUGAUAAAGCGGCGGCAAGCGUUCUCAAACGCACGAGUUACUGGUUGCCCGAUAUGCAACCCGACAAGGUGGAUGCCCGACAUAAAGCACCGGAACGACCCACGUCACCGUAUUCGGGAGAACCAUUGCGUCGAAAAGAUUUGCGAGAAUUGGCGUUGGAGCGAAAACCCAACACGGAAGAUGUGAUUUGUGCCAUUUCUGGAAAAGCCAUUCGGAUGCAACCGACGAUGGCCUACUGGACCAAGGACAAGACCAAACCGGGAGUCGUCGUUCUCAAGGAUGUGUACCACAUGACAAUUGACACGGAGGGGAGCAAGAAGAAAAAAGCAAAAGGGGACGACGAAAAAGAUGACAAGCCAAAAUUGCAGUGUCCACUGACCAAUCAGAAAAUUAAACAUGUUAUUGAAUUGAAAGUGGGGGGAAGCGGAUUUGCGGCGCACAAUGCCGUGGAAGUCAAGACGUACAAACCAACUAUUACGUAAACUGUAAUAAUAGAAUGGUAUAGAUUUAUUUAUCAUAU